AUGAGUGAAUUUCAGCCUUUCUGUCAGAACGGUACACCAGUCUUGUUUAACAGAUCUUGGAGCGGGUGGCACCAUUACCAGGCAAUCGGUGCUGCAGAGACAAUCAUCCUUCCCUCUCUGAUUGGGAUUAUCUGUUCAACAGGCUUAGUUGGGAAUAUCCUCAUUGUGUUCAUAAUAAUAAGAACUCAGAAGAAAACUAUCCCAGAAAUCUACAUCUGCAAUCUGGCUAUAGCAGAUUUGGUUCAUAUCAUUGGCAUGCCCUUUCUCGUUCACCAAUGGGCACGUGGAGGUGAGUGGGUUUUUGGCAGCCCUCUUUGCACUAUCAUUACCUCCCUGGACACAUGCAACCAGUUUACAUGCAGUGCCAUUAUGACCACAAUGAGUUUGGACAGGUACCUCGCUCUUGUCCGGCCAUUUCACCUAAACCACCUGAACAAGACAGUUUGAGUCAAUUUAUGUUUAUGGGUGGCAUCACUUAUUCUGAUGUGCCCUGUGUGGGUCUCCUCAAAAGUAAUAAGGUUCAAAGAUGGUUUGGAAAGUUGCACUUUUGAUCUAACCUCACCUUAUGAUGUUCUCUGGUAUAUACUUUAUCUUACUGUAACAACUUUCUUUUUUCCUUUACCACUGAUAUUUAUUUGCUAUAUUUUAAUUUUAUGUUACACGUGGGAGUUGUAUGAGCAAAACAAGAAAGCAGGAAGUUACACCACCAGUAUCCCCAGGCAAAGAGUCAUGAGGCUCACUAAGAUGGUGGUUGCUCUGGUAAGCAUGUUUGUGGUAAGCGCUGUCCCGUUCCAUGUGAUCCAGAUCAUGAAUUUUCAGGUUUCUCAGCCGAUCCUGACCUUCUCCGUGAGCUACUGCAUCUUCAUCUGCCUCAGCUAUGCCAGCAGCAGCGUUAAUCCAUUUCUCUACAUCCUACUUAGUGGGAAAUUCCAGAAGCGUCUCAGGCAGUGCACAAACGUCGAAGUCAGGAUGGCAGAACGGGAUGUCAACUUCAUCGAAAACACCCUCAAGUCAAGUUUUUGA